CGGACCAGGCCCAUUGCCAUCUUUACAUUGACCCAUCACCGUGGAGGCGAUGACCGUGGUCCGUCGACUGUCCCAAACAGGAUUCAGCCAAUUGAUCACACUAUCAAAAUAUUGAAAACCCCCUACUGUGUUAUCGAUUGAGAAAUCCAAACUAAAUGAACAGAAAGAUGGAGAAUAUGGCGAUCUAUGCGACCUUGAUCUUAACAAUGGCGGCAGUCUGUCAUGGACAACAGCUAAGCUCAAAAGAUUGCGAGAAUUUGGGAUUCACGGGUCUUUCUCUCUGCUCCGACUGUAAAACUUUGUCUGAGUAUGUCAAAGACCAAGAAUUGGCAUCUGACUGCUUAAAGUGCUGUGUGGAGGAUUCUGAUGAUUCAAUGAGCAAGAUUACCUAUGCUGGUGCAUUGUUGGAGGUCUGCAUGAGGAAACUGGUCUUCUAUCCCGAGGUUGUUGGUUUUAUAGAAGAAGAGAACGACAAGUUUCCUUCGGUCAAAGUUCAAUAUUCUUUCAACUCGCCACCGAAGAUGAUUAUGCUGGAUGACAACGGUGAACAUGCUGAAACAAUUAGAAUUGACAACUGGAAACGUGAGCACAUCCUGCAGUUUCUACGGGGCAAGCUCAAAUCUGCUUCUAGCUAAAUGGGGUGAUGUUACUGAUGUUUUUGUGCCCUUACCAAAUGAACCAAUUAUACGUGAUGUUUUUUUUUCAAUGUAUAAUGAUCUUGAUGUUCCUAGAUGGAUCGAUUUCUUUGUAUGAUAACCGAUCUUAUAUCUAAUUUGAAGUGUACUAUAAGUUGAAUUCUUCUCUGAAAAA